AUGUGCGAAGUCGCGAACAUGUGGAAACUAUUGAAGCCGUUGAUUUCAAUAGCAGUGAUGAUGAUGAUGAAGACCCGUAUGCAGGAAGAUGCUCUGUUCAUCAUACCACUCCAAGCGCAACUCCUCGACCGUCGUUCCCGCCUCCUCCCGGGUUUAUCAAUGGGUGUCGUUAACGCCGCGACCAACGAGCAGUUCCGGAUUCGUCCGAUCUGUGCGACUCACUCCAGCGUCAUCCUCGCGAUUCAUCGUGUCACCCGUCACCACCUCAAAUGA